AUGGAAAGUUCGUUGAGAUACAUUGGCAGCUCUUCUUUACAUCAAAGAAUAACAAUUAAAAUAGGCACGUUAGAAGGAGAAAAUGCUGGCUACUCCUACGAGAAACUGAUUGAACAGCCGUUGUUGAAGUUCUCUGGAAUGUACACUGAAAAAACACCGCCACUAAAAGUAAAAUUGCAAAUCUUCGAAAACGGGGAACCAGUCGGUUUGUCGGUAUGCACAUCCCAUAAGCACUUUUCCACACGGUGGAGCUGGAACGAGUGGGUCACCUUACCGCUGCGGUUCACCGACAUUUCCCGUACGGCAGUACUUGGCUUAACCAUCUACGACUGUGCGGGGGGAAGGGAACAGUUAACCGUAGUAGGUGGAACGUCGAUAACGUUUUUCAGUACAAAUGGACUCUUUAGACAGGGUUUGUACGAUUUAAAAGUGUGGCCUCAGAUGGAACCAGAUGGAACCAGCACCUCGGCAACUCCUGGCAAGUGCUCCAGUGCGGGUGUAAAUCAAAUGCAACGAUUAUCUAAGUUAGCAAAAAAACAUCGAAACGGACAGAUGGAAAAGAUCGAUUGGCUGGAUCGUCUCACGUUUCGCGAACUGGAAGUGAUAAAUGAAAUGGAAAAACGCAACUCCCAGUUCCUCUAUCUGAUGGUGGAAUUUCCACAAGUUUAUAUUGACGAGAAAUUGUACUCCGUAAUCCACCUGGAGAAAAACUCCAACUCCAUGCUUACAUUUAUACCGAAGCCAAAAAUAGUGAUGGUUCCAGACUGUGAAAUUCAUCAGGAAAACCUGGUUGAACGCAAACAUCACAGACUUUCCCGUUCGGCUCGUUCGGGAACUUCGGAUAGAGAUGUUAAGCCGAAUGCGGUCGUACGAGAUACAUUAAACGCGAUCGUUUAUCGAUGCUCUUCUACGUACCCUUUGAGCAGCGAAGAGCAGGACAUCAUUUGGAAGUAUCGUUUCUAUCUUAGCAGUCACAAGAAAGCGUUAACCAAAUUUUUAAAGUGUGUCAACUGGGAAACUGCAACGGAGGUCCGACAGGCGCUAGUAUUGCUUGAAAGCUGGUCACCGAUGGACGUUGAGGAUGCGCUUGAACUAUUAAAUUCAACAUUCCGGCAUCCGGUUGUGAGAUGGUACGCCAUCACACGUCUCAAUGAAGCUUCCGACGAAUAUUUGCUAUUGUACUUGUUACAACUUGUACAAGCCUUAAAGUACGAGCCAUUCGAUGAGUCAAAUCAUCCUUCUAUUCGCUCCCCAAGUGAUGGUAGAGAAAUUUUCCAAUCAUACGAUGAAUCUGCAGAGGCCCAGUUUGAUGAUUUACAAACGGACAAUGCAGGAUUGACUGAUAACGAUGUGGAAGGAGAAAUCAAGAAUCGAUAUCACAGCAGUACUGUGAAUAAUCUGGCCAACUUUCUUGUCGAACGUGCCUGUAAAAAUCCAACGCUUGCCAAUUAUCUAUACUGGUAUCUUUCCAUUGAAUUCGAGGAUGAAAGGAGCAGCAAAAAGGAUCUGAAAAUAAGCGAAAUGUACUCUAACGUUCUUCGAAUGUUUUUGAACCGUUUGUAUAAAGGAACGUCGGAAAUGAAAGCUACACACGCACAAUUGAAGGAGCAACAAUACUUUGUCGAUCGUUUGGUAACGCUAGUCAAGAUAGUGGCUAAGGAGUCGGGCAACAGGAAGCGUAAGACGGAAAAAUUUCAACAAUUUUUGUCUGAAUCGAGCUCUUCCAAUUCCACCAAGUUCAACUUCAAUAACUUUGGCCCGAUAGUGUUUCCAUUAGACCCCAGCGUACAAAUAACGGGAAUUGCUGCUGAAAAGGUGUCUUUGUUCAAAAGUGCCUUAAUGCCGUCAAAAUUGACGUUUCGUACCACCAGUGGAAUAGACUACGUGGCUAUCUUCAAACAUGGGGACGAUCUUCGACAGGAUCAACUGAUCUUACAAAUGAUUACCCUAAUGGAUAAGUUGCUGCAGAAGGAAAAUCUCGAUCUAAAGCUAACGCCGUAUCGGGUAUUAGCCACGAGCUCUAAGCAUGGAUUUAUGCAGUAUAUUGACUCGGUAACAGUAGCUGAAGUGCUCAACACAGAAGGAAGUAUUCAUAAUUACUUUCGUAAAUUCAACCCCUGUGAAACUGGCCCAUUCGGCAUCAUGCCUGACAUCAUGGACACGUACAUUAAGAGUUGUGCCGGAUACUGCGUAAUCACGUAUCUGUUGGGAAUCGGUGAUCGACAUUUGGAUAACCUGCUGCUUACAUCGAGCGGCAAACUGUUUCACAUCGAUUUCGGAUAUAUACUGGGCCGUGACCCAAAACCGAUGCCUCCACCAAUGAAGCUAAGCAAAGAGAUGGUUGAGGCAAUGGGUGGUAUCAACUCAGAAUACUACAACACCUUCCGGAAACUAUGUUACACUGCAUUCUUGCAUCUGCGACGCCAUGCAAAUGUAAUGCUUAACCUUUUCGGUUUGAUGGUUGAUGCGUCGGUUCCAGACAUUGCAUUAGAACCCGAUAAAUCGGUCAAGAAGGUAGAGGAUAACCUUCGACUAGAUCUAUCCGACGAAGAAGCAGUGCAGCAUUUGCAAAAUUUGUUGGAUAUCUCAAUAACGGCCGUCAUGCCUGCCCUGGUUGAACAGAUACACAAGCUAGCACAGUACUGGCGCAAGUAAAAU